UCAUAAAAUUAUGGCCACAAAGCGAGGGCAAAGCUAAAAAACCAAAAAGAAAAGAGAGGAAUAUUCUAUCGCUUUUGAAACUGGUCUCCCUGUUAAGAUAAACCCUAGAAACCGCUUGUUAGUCGCACCAAGCUCACUUCUCUCUCCUCAAAUUUCUUCAAACCCAUUCAAAUUUGAGGUUUUACCCCUUUCGUUACCAUUCGAACUUGUAACUUAGAGGUAAUAAUGGCAGACACCGAGCAAAGUUUUGUUGAGAACAACGAGGAGCAAAAUUUUUCGAUGCAGGACCAGCAUCAUCUUACUAGUGAUGAGUUUGACCAGCAAAAUCUUUCUGGUAGUGUGCCUGAAGAUUACCAUUAUACUGGUAAUGAUACUGAUAACCAAAAUUUGGGGAUAAAUGACCAAGGUUUUGCUUUGAAUGAGACUGAAAACAAUUAUGGAGCUCUUUCUGAGCAAACUUUUGUUGAAAAUGAUAAUGAACAUACAUUAGAGGGAGAUGAAACUAUCCAUGAAUUGGAUGAGGAUCAGCUGAAACAAGAAUUUGUGGAUAAUGAAGCAAAUGAAAUGGGUAAUGAUCAAGAGAAUCCACAUUCUGAGAAAAAGGAGGAACAUGAAAACAAUUUGGCUGCUGCUGGCAGUGAAAAGAAAUGGCCUGGGUGGCCUGGAGAGAGUGUUUUUAGGAUGUUGGUACCUGCUCAAAAGGUUGGUAAUAUUAUUGGGCGUAAAGGCGAGUAUAUCAAGAAAAUUGUCGAGGAGACCAAGGCCCGCAUCAAAAUUUUGGAUGGUCCACCUGGAUCACAAGAGAGAGCUGUGAUGGUCUCAGCUAAGGAGGAUCCAGAUGCUUCUUUUCCACCUGCAAUGGAUGGACUUUUGAGGGUUCACAGGCGUAUUGUGGAUGGAUUGGAUGCUGAUUCUUCCCAGGGUCAGACUCCAUCUGCAGGAGGCAAGGUGUCAACAAGGUUGUUAGUUCCCGCUUCCCAGGCAGGCAGUUUGAUUGGAAAGCAGGGAGCUACUGUUAAAUCAAUCCAGGAAUCUGCAAGUUGUAUUGUUAGGGUUCUUGGGCAAGAGGACCUUCCUGUUUUUGCUCUUCAAGAUGAUCGAGUGGUUGAAGUAGUUGGGGAAGCUGUGGAGGUUCACAAAGCAAUUGAACUUAUUGGUCAACAUUUGAGGAAGUUUUUAGUUGAUCGAGGCAUCAUAUCCGUUUUUGAAAAGCAGAUGCAAGCACACAAUUCACCUAUGGAACAUAUUCCACCCCAGCCUUGGGGUUCCCAUCAUGGUCAUCCACCAAGUGGGGGCAGUGGACUUGGAGGCUAUGGUAUGCAAUACAUGCCACCACCACGCCAAAUGGACAAUUACUAUCCACCUGCCGAGAUGGCACCCCCACCUGAUAGGCAACCUCACCAAGGAAUAUCAGCUUAUGGAAGAGAGCCUCCAAUUGGUGUCCAUGCUUCAUCUAAUACUCAACCAGCACCAUCUUUGAUCACACAGCUUACGCAGCACAUGCAGGUCCCAUUGAUAUAUGCAGAUUCUGUGAUUGGGGCUAACGGUGCCACUGUUAGCUACAUUCGACGGGCUAGUGGAGCAACUGUCACCAUACAGGAGACAAGAGGUGUUCCUGGAGAAAUGACGGUCGAGAUAAAUGGAACUGCAUCGCAAGUUCAAGCAGCUCAGCAACUCGUACAGAAUUUCAUGGCAGAGGCAGCGGCGGCGGCAGCGGCAGCAGCAGCCGCACCAGCUCAAACUGUUGGUGCCGCAGACCAGGUUUACAGCCAAGGAUACAGCUCAUAUGCAGCUCCCGCAUCAGUUUAUGGAACUACACCGGCUAGUGCUGGACAUGCAACACAACCUGGAUCUUAUGGGUCGGUUUAUGGUGGAAGUUAUGGAUACUAGAUCUGGGCAGUUUACUUUGGUUCUAUUAGAUUUAGAUUGUUACUGAAUAAAGAGAUUAAGUUUAAGGUUACAGUACUGUGUUAAGUUUAAAUUAUGACUACAAAAUGUUUUAAAAUUCUUUUAAGAUCAUGUAGUCGAACUGCUUGUUUAGACAUGGGCUGAUCUGAUUUGUAAUUUAGGCUUUUGUGUCGAAAGUAGUGUAGUCAGCCAUUCUGUUAUGGAACAGGUUGAUUGAGAUUACUACUUCUGACCUUUGAACUUGAUUAUUGUGUGUCUUUUACUCUCUUUAUUGCUCACGGAGUUAAUUGCA